CGCUCUCUCUUGUGUCUCGAACCGAACGUGGUCUCACACCACCCUAUUCGCGACACACACCACAGCAUCCACACUCGUGUGCACCCCUCAAACGGCCAGCAGCAUCCAGCCCUGCUGUAUAAUCGUAGUCGUCAUAGUACUCAUCGUCGACACCCGCCGAAUCCAUCGGCACCUCCGCCGAAUCCAGAUGAUCUGCUCCUCCAUCAUACCCUCUAGCUCCCCCGCACACUCCCGGCCGUCACUGUCCUCCAUAACCUCAUCUUCAGAGCUGCCAGGCUGUCCCAUCUCUCUCAUUGCAUCACUAGCUACAUCAGACGGGCUGUCGUAGUCGGUGUCGAUGUAUCUUUGAUUCUCCAU